CUUAUUGGAUUCUAACAAGCGGCUCGUUCCAGCAGUCGCCGACCGGCUGUCAUAUAUAUUGUAUUUACGUAACAUCUGUUUUUGUUAUUUAAUUUGAAAUGGCUAAUCCCAAACCAGAAAUCAAAUACACAAAACUCUUCAUAAAUAAUGAAUUUGUCGAUUCUGUGAGCGGAAAAGUUUUUCCUACAAUCAAUCCUGCUACAUGUGAAAAAAUCAUUGAUGUUUCGGAAGCAGAUAAGGCUGAUGUAGAUUUGGCAGUAGCAGCUGCCCGAAAAGCUUUCCAUCAGAACUCGGAAUGGCGUACAAUGGACGCCUCGGCUCGGGGCAAGUUGAUCUACAAAUUAGCCAACCUGAUCGAAAGAGAUAUAGAAUAUCUAUCAAAUUUAGAAAGUCUGGAUAACGGAAAACCUUAUGGAGACAGCGUAUUUGAUAUGAAUUGUGCGAUAGACACUUUCAAGUAUUAUGCAGGAUGGUGUGAUAAAAUUCAUGGCAACACAAUUCCUUCUGAUUUUGGAUUAACAAGCUUUACAUUUCGUCAGCCAGUAGGUGUAGUGGGUCAAAUCAUUCCUUGGAAUUAUCCAAUCUUGAUGAUUUCAUGGAAAUGGGGUCCAGCUCUUGCAGCAGGUUGCACCAUCGUAUUAAAACCUGCAGAACAAACUCCUCUGACCGCUUUAUAUUUGGCCGCUCUAACCAAGGAAGCUGGUUUUCCUGCAGGCGUCAUCAAUAUUUUGCCUGGAUAUGGUCCUACAGCAGGAGCAGCUAUUGCAGAACAUCCUGAUAUUAACAAAGUUGCUUUUACGGGUUCGACAGAGGUCGGGCGCAAAGUGAUGGCUGCUGCAGCUUCGUCUAAUUUAAAACGUGUUUCUUUAGAAUUAGGAGGAAAAAGCCCUUUAGUGAUUUUUGAUGAUGCAGAUGUUGAUGAAGCAGUACAAAUUGCUCAUGGAGCGAUUUUUGCUAAUCACGGUCAAAACUGUUGUGCUGGUUCAAGAACUUUUGUUCAAGAUGGAAUUUACGAUAAGUUUGUUAAAAAAGCCACCGAGUUGGCUGCUGCUAAGAAGCUUGGUGAUCCUUUUGGAAAAGAUGUUGAACAAGGGCCCCAAGUCGACCAGGAAAUGUUCAACAAAGUUUUGGAACUUAUUGAAUCAGGAAAGAAGGAAGGUGCUACGCUUCAAACAGGUGGCGAACGAUUUGGUGAUAAAGGAUAUUUUGUAAAACCCACUGUUUUUUCUGAUGUCUCGGAUGAUAUGAGAAUAGCUAAAGAAGAGAUUUUUGGACCUGUACAAUCCAUUCUGCGCUUCAAGUCUCUCGAUGAGCUUAUCGAACGCGCCAAUAACACUCAUUAUGGUUUAGCCGCUGGUAUUAUUACUAAAGAUAUCAAUAAAGCUUUGUUAUUUGCUAAAUCUGUUGAUGCUGGAUCAGUAUGGAUCAACUGCUACGACGCCGUUGUUCCACAAGCGCCAUUCGGGGGUUUUAAACAAUCUGGAACUGGGCGUGAAUUGGGAGAAGAUUCUUUGAAAGAAUAUUUAGAAGUAAAGACUGUAACCAUCAAAGUACCUGCCACUAUGUAAAAUCAUACAUAUCUUGGUUUUCUAAAAUAUUGAAAUUUAUAUUUUAUAUAACAUAAUUAUUUGUAGUAUAUUUUUAAAAGUACAAUUAUAU